UUUUGCAAACAAGCCAACGCCAUCUCCAUGUCACCCGAAAAGAAUCAAAAACACGAAGGAGGAAGAAUCGAAAAUAUCUGAAGAGGGAAGAGAGCCGAACGAAUCUCCGUAGAAAUGGCGGCGGACGCCUCCAUCUCCUUCUCCCUCCACCGCCUCCACCACCCCCACGGCGGAGCACCGACCCCCUCCCCAACCCUAGAUUCCGACGACGAUUUCCCCAUCUGGCCCCCCGCCCCCGCCGCCACCGCCACCGCCACCGGCAUCACCACCGCCACCACCAAUAUCACGACGCUCCGUUCGAUGUCUACGCCUCCGAUCCCUUCCCUCUCCACCGGUCCGAUCCGAUCGCUGCCGUCCGAUCCCAUCCCUCCGCCGGCGACGACGUUCGAUUCGACGCCGAUUCUCCGGAUCUCUUCCACGGCCCCGAGAACCAGGCCAAUUUCGUCAUGGACCUGUUUCAUCAGCGCGUGGAGCAGUCCCAUGUGAUGGACGGCGACGGCUCCGAUUUAGUGUCAGGUUCCUUGAAUGAGUCCAAUUUUGCUGUUAUAGAUGGUAGUAGCGAUUUGAGCGUCCACAAUUUGGAGGUAGGUUUAGGUUUAGGAUUGGGGUUUGGAUUAGAGAGGAACGAUAACGGGUCUUUCGUUGUCGAGCAUUGUUACGGUGAGUUUGAUGAUGGUGAUGACGUCUUCUUUGUGGAGAGGAGGUUUUCUAGCGGAGCACAGUCCGCCGGUGGUGCGGUGGAGCCCUAUGGUGAUGUGAGAUUGGAGUCCGAUUCAGAAUCGGAGAAUGAAGACAGGGCCGGUUUGUGUUUUGAGGAUGAGUAUGGGUUUGAUUGCGACAACAACGAGAAUGAUGAUCUCGCAAGCAACCCUCUCUUUUGGGAUUCUCUAAACUUGGAGGACGGUGAGGAGGUUCAUGAUGAUUUUGACUGGGAGGAAGUGGAUGGUCGCACCAACGAGAGAGAGACUUCGAGCUUGUUUGUUCAUGCUGAUGGCAGUGUUAGGUCCAAUUCAACCUCGACGCCCGUAGUUGUAGCCGACGAUGGUGAUGGUGGUUUGAGGGUGGAAAGAGUUGGAGGUCUGGGGAACGUGGAGUGGGAGGUUUUGUUGAACGCUAAUAACUUGCUUUUGGAUCCAGAUUUGGAAAAUGAGGAACCUUUAUUCACUGACCAUGCUUAUUUUUUUGGGCCAGACAGUCAGAUUUUGGUUGGGCAAGUGAUGGAGAGUGAGAGUGCUUCUAGUGGUAGGCCGCCAGCUUCUGCAUCAGUGAUUGAGAAUCUUCCUACUAUAGUUUUAGGUCAAGGGGAUGUGGAGAAGAAUGAGGGGCUUUGUCCUGUAUGCAAAGAUGAGUUUGAUGUGGGGGAAAAGGUGAUUGAUCUGCCUUGCAGUCAUAGAUACCACUCCAACUGCAUCCUAACGUGGCUGCGCAUGAGAAAUACUUGUCCUGUUUGUCGCUACGAAUUACCCACUGAUGAAUCUGAUUAUGAGGGUAGAAGGACGUUGCAGAGAGUAUGACUUGAUCUUUGGUCAUGGACUGAGGUCAGUUAUAAUUCUUAAAAUCUUGCCAAGUAUCAGGGUUUUGUGAAAUUGGACAGCAUCAUGUGAUGGCUUCCUCACCUGCUUCACUAGGAUGAAAUACUCAAUAACACUAUCUUAAUUGUAUUGUGUUUGUAAAGAAUGUUAUUCCUGCAAUGUGCUUGGCCUUUUGCCUUUUUAUUCUAUUGUAGUGAGAAGAAAAGGGGUGAGAACUACAACUUGUGAGUGUUAUACCCCUACAUGGUUGAUCUUUCGCUAUUACACCUAACGAGAAGGGAAUAUUUUUGGGUUCGUGAUCGUACCCCGCACGUUUCUUGUAUCUACCUUCUUUUAGGAAUGUGUUAUCUUUUUAGUACUAUCGCAAAUAAAUAACUUGACUUUGCGUGUA